AUGGCAGGGGCGAGGAGACGGGGGUCGAGGGGGGCGACGCUGGCAGCCAUGGUGCUGCUAGGCUUGUACGGCGGCCGAGACGACGGAUGUUUUCAGAUUGUUGGGGCGAAGCAGCAACACCAGACUCACAAGCUACUGGUCGAUGUUGUGUUGAGCGGGGACGGGAUCUUCGUGGACGGAGCAAGGGAAAGGGAGCAGGGAAAGCUCCAGGUUGGUCUCAUGCUCGGACCUAUGGACGACAUCGGGAUGGCGGUCACACAGCUAUGCGAGGAAAGGAAGCUGAGCGAGGAGGGAUGCGAGGCCGUUGCAUCCCUGGUCGGCCAGAGAUUCUCCGAAUACCAGGAUUCUGUCCGUGGGAGGAUCGCGUCCAUGUCGUUUGACGACGCGUUCCGGAGACUGCUGAGGACGAGAGAGAGCUUCUCGUCCUUCCCAGAGCUAGCAGAUGCUGCCUUCUCAAGCGACACGUUCCAUGAUAUCGGGGACUGGUGGCGGUACCACGAGAUGCUGGGAGACGCCUUCGUCGACGAGGCUGACCUCUCACUCUUCUCCGAGGAGCCCAUUUUCCACUUCACGUGUCCUUACUGGACGUGGGGCGAUCCGGAGGCUGCGCACAUCGCGGGGAACGUGAGCAGCCAAGUCAGCAGCGAGCUGUUUGCUGUGGGGGACGCGCUCCUGGGCUACAGGUCUGGGGCCCUGCCGAAUCAUGCCAAUGGGAAGCUUCCGACCACCAACACCUGCCGACAUGUCAUGCAGCUCAGCUUGCUGAUCAAGACCCUGCUUGCAGACAGAGCCGAACUGAGCAAGCUGAAGGUGGUGGAGAUUGGCGGAGGAUACGGGAACAUGGCGAGACUCUUUGCCCUCGCGUACGGUUUCAGGCACUGGACGAUUUUUGACAUGCGCUUCAUGAACAAGCUCCAGGGGUUUUACUUCGAAAGCACUCUCAAUGCUACUGUUCUCCGGAAUGUUGUGGCAGAGGACUUCGAGGAGCAGACAUCCAAGUCGUCUUUCACUUCCCACUUGUGCUAUGACGACGAUGAAGCAUGCCGUGUAUGGGCGGCAGCAGGCGAGUGCAUGAAAAAUCCGGAGUUCAUGCACGAGAGGUGUAGGAGCAGCUGCUCACAGUGCGAGUCCUCGUCGAACUUCACCUUCAACCUGGUGGACACCAAGCACCUCAACACAUGGUAUGUCCUGUACGCCUACUCCAAGGUUUGGCCGAGCCCUGAGAUCGUCAACUCAAAGCUCGAGCUCCUCAAGUCUCGCCUCUCAGUAAUCGACAGCAUCGAGUCAAACCACAAGAACACUGUGACUGUAGUGUUUGCAAGACGCCCGGGCCCCGCCGCAAGCACGUGA